ACCGUAUCGCGAGAACUGGAAGAGCCUAUGUGACCUGGGCUAAGCGGAAGUUAGGUCUCUUUUUCGUGGCGCCUCGGAGGCGUUCGGCCGCUUCAGAAUGAAGCUGAACAUCUCUUUCCCGGCCACUGGCUGCCAGAAACUCAUUGAAGUGGACGAUGAACGAAAACUUCGUACCUUUUAUGAGAAGCGUAUGGCCACAGAAGUUGCUGCUGACGCUCUGGGUGAAGAAUGGAAGGGUUAUGUGGUCCGAAUCAGUGGUGGGAACGACAGACAGGGUUUCCCCAUGAAGCAGGGUGUCUUGACCCAUGGCCGAGUCCGCCUGCUACUGAGUAAGGGGCAUUCCUGUUACAGACCAAGGAGGACUGGAGAAAGAAAGCGCAAAUCUGUACGGGGUUGCAUUGUGGAUGCCAAUCUGAGCGUUCUCAAUUUGGUCAUUGUAAAAAAAGGGGAGAAGGAUAUUCCUGGACUCACUGAUACUACUGUGCCUCGUCGCCUGGGGCCCAAAAGAGCUAGCAGAAUCCGCAAACUUUUCAAUCUCUCUAAAGAAGAUGAUGUCCGCCAGUAUGUUGUGAGAAAGCCCCUAAACAAAGAAGGUAAGAAACCUAGGACCAAAGCACCCAAGAUUCAGCGUCUUGUUACUCCACGUGUUCUGCAACACAAACGUCGGCGGAUUGCUCUGAAGAAACAGCGUACUAAGAAAAAUAAGGAAGAGGCUGCAGAAUAUGCUAAACUUUUGGCCAAGAGAAUGAAGGAGGCCAAAGAAAAACGCCAGGAACAGAUUGCCAAGAGACGGAGGCUGUCCUCUCUGAGAGCUUCUACUUCUAAGUCUGAGUCCAGUCAAAAAUGAGGUGUUCUAAGAGUAACAAAUAAAUAAGAUCAGACAUCACAUCUCCUUUAUUGACUUUUAAUUGAUGAUAAAAUAAACGAAGGUCGAGAAACUUAUAGAAGAGGAGGUACUGUAUAAUCUAGUGGUAGGUAAAGUCUGCAAGAGAUACCUGAAAGUGAUAAUCCUUCAGAUUCAGACACUGAGACUGAACUGUGAUUGAUAGUGGAAGAGAUGGCCAGGACAGAGUUUCUUUGGUGGGUGGCUCAGGAAAGGACUCUUAGCAUGUUCAUUGGCUUUUUAGCAAGGCAUGGAACAAUACAGGGGAAAUAAAUGACUAGGACUAUUAA